UUACACUGUAACAUCUCAGUUGCCCAGUCACAUACAUAAUUCUCAACAUCAGAAGAACGACAGAUGCAAACCAUGAGAUGGCCUUCAGGGGUAAAGUGGCCGACACGAGGACAGUGCUUGUACACCUGCUGCUGUGCCUCGUCAUAUUCUACUCUCUCUACUACAUGAUUGGGAGUGUGUGUUUCGGCGCGUUCAGGUUGGAUCACUUUGAUGGACUUAUUCCCUUUGACUUUAAGACUGAACCAACCAAUUUGGAGUCCAACUCCAAAUAUCUGGUGAACCUGCUGUCCAUGGAGUUGACCUAUUUCUGCAGUGGUCUGCUGUUUGCAGCCGUUGUGAGGAGAUGGGUCUGGGACUACGCUCUCACAGUCACACUACUGCACGUACUGCUCACCAGCCUGGUGAUGUUGGAGUUUCCCUUGGUAUGGCAGUGGUGGCUGGCCCUUGGCAGCGGGUUGUUUCUGAUGAUCUGUAACGGUCAGCUGAUAGCUUACUUCACCUGCCAGAGUGACCAGAGUUACCCCACCUUCAACAGCUACUGAGUACACACACACUGACUAGAGUUCUUUGCAGUGAGUCCGGUGGAAAUGGAGGGAAACCAAAUGUUCCUGUUGACUUGGKUACCUGUUUGAUUGUUGCACUUUGUUUCUGUUGGACCGGCUUCCCAGACACCAAUUGAGCCAAGUGAUUCUCCACUGAGCAAUCUUUUGAGUCCAGGAAACAGCUCUUAUAUGUAAUAUCUGUAGUAUGUAAUAUCUGUGGUAUGUAAUAUCUGUAGUAUGUAAUAUCUGUAGUAUGUAAUAUCUGUAGUAUGUAAUAUCUGUGGUAUGUAAUAUCUGUAGUAUGUAAUAUAUGUGUUCUCUACGAAUGUUAAUCUUAUGUCAGACAAUGUUAAUCAUGUAAUUUAUCAUCUUAGAUCUAUUAAACCAGCUGUAACAUCGCA